AUGCCUGAUGGCGUAAAACUGGGUGAUAUUUUAGAUAAAACAGAUAUUAAAAAAGAAGAUAAAGAUACGUAUGGUAGUGCUUUUAGUGAACUAUUAAGACAUAUAAACAACAGCGGUGUGUUUUAUAAAUACAAUAAAGAAGGAUGCUGGUACAUUAGCUACAUAUUACAUAAAGAAGUUGAACGUUUCCUUAGACAAGAUUAUAAUUUAGACGUAUAUAAACUUCUACAGGAAUUUAUACUUAAAUACAACAAACACAACUCUCAAAGAAGUGAUCGAUGUAUGAAUGAUUUUGUUUACAUAGAUUCUGAUACAUUUAAAAUAAUGAAUGCAUUAUAUACACUCUAUGAUGAGUAUACUAAAAUUAAACCUUACUAUAAGCGUAGUAUUCCAUAUAAUUGUGAAAACUUCAGUAAAUUUAUUCAUUCAUAUAAUAGCUUUUUAAAUAAUCAUGUAUCUGGCACAGAUUUCUUUAAUAACAUAUUAAAACAUUUUGAUACAGAAGUUAGAGAUGCUAUAUCGAAGUAUAGCAUAAUUGAAUGUAAGCAAUACCCUUAUCACGCAAAUAAUCUAAAUCUAUACACUCCGCCUAAGCCAAAGGAUCCUAUUCCUCCUGUCCAAUUAGAACAACGGCAAACUGCAAAUGUGUUAACAACAACUGAAUUACAGAAUUCACAUCAUGAUGUUGCACAUGAACAAGACACACAAGCAGGUGAAGUACUCAGAGUAGAAGCAGAAAAUCAAAUUCAAGUAGCAAAAGGAGAACGAGGAAUAGCACAUAACCAACAAAUAACACGCGAUUAUGCAAUUUCACCUGAACCAGGAAGGGUCUUUAAACCAGGAGAAGCACACAACCCAGAAAUAUCACGUGGACAUGGAAUGACACAUGAUAAUAGAAGAACAUAUAACCGUGGAAGGGAAGAAGAAGUUUGGAGAACAGGAUUAUCAACAUAUUCCCAAGAUACUGCAACGCUGGAUUCUUCAUCACAACUAGAAUUGAGUGAUGUAUCGACAUUUUCACCAAAAUUAGACGGCAAAACCGAAGAUGAUGGAGUCUUCGCAAAUGUACGCAGUACUAUCACUAACGUUUUAGGUUCUGUUGAUCCUGUACCAGUUGUUGGUGUAUCUGGAGGGAUGGGUGCCUUAUUCUUACUUUUUAGGUAUACACCAUUUGGAACCUUCUUUAGAGGAGGAAGAGGACGCGUACAUAGAAUUCCCCGUAGUUUCAAUGGACCAUUCCUAGGAGAAUUUCAAGGAUAUCAAGAUUAUUAUGGUGGAAAUAUUGGAUAUGGUCAAAUGAAUCCUCUCGCGGAAUAG